AUGUUCGACAAUGCACUGAAAUCAAAAAUUCUGGUUGGGGUGCCACUGGGGGAGCAGGGCUGUGUCUGCAACUUGCACUAUGCGGAUGAUCUUCUGGUGUUGACGGUGGGGGGAGCCGAAGACCUCAGGGUGAUCAAGUUGAUUUUUGUCGGGUCUUUUGAGGGGUCAGUCCGCUUGAAACUAACUUUUUCCAAAACUUGCCUUUACACUACGAAUUUGCACCAACUUCCUCAUAUGUGCGAGGCUAAAACGGUUAAUUGUGAUGUGGGUCUUCUCCCUGUGACCUAUCUUGGCUUACCUGUUUCGGGUAGAAGACCUCGUAAGCAGGACUGGGAAGGCUUGAUUGCCAAAGUCAGAGGGCGCCUGUCCUCCUGGAAAUCUUCGUACAUCUCUAUUGGAGGACGGCUUACCCUAGUCAACUCGGUGUUAUCGGCGGUACCAACAUAUUGGAUGUCUCUCUACAAGUUACCGAAGUGA